CCAUGGACCGAUGAACUGUGUCCUCGCCAUAGUGCUUGGGAUGCUUGCGUCCAAGGGCCAGGAUGGCGACCCCUCGCCACAAAUUACAUGGUCUUUGCGCGAAUAUCGCUCAAGACACCCUGGAAUCGGGAGGGAGUAUAAGAGUCGAUCAAGACGUCGAUGGUUAGACGAUUCCGUCAACUGUCUCGACACCUGAGGUUUCCCCAGGUUCUCAAAGUUCUGGAAUUCACGUAGCGAAGCUCGCCGGAAAAUCUACGUCUUGUCAACAUGCGAGCAACUGGUAUCUCAACACUACUGGCCCUUGCCAGCGUCGGCCAAGCUGCAGUUUUGCACGAGCGUGCUGCACCUACUUGUACCAAAGACAGUUGCCUUGAGCUAUUUCAGCUCUUCGCCGUCGUCGCGAAGCCAUUUUGCUCCACUUACACCAAGGGUGCAACUCACACGGUACCUGCAUUUGCUGCACAAUAUUCCAAGGUUCCGGCAAAGAUCUCGAGCGCUUGCACUUGCUUGAACAGUGGCACGUCGACCGCCAUACCUACUAGCACAUCAGCGACAGCAGCGGCGUCAAGCUCUUCGAAAGACAUCGCCUCGGUUACAACCACGAGUACGCCAUCAGCGACAGCAGCGGUGUCAAGCUCUUCGAAAGACCUUGCCUCGGUUAUAAUCACGAGUACACCAUCUGUGACCACACCCACAGCGACAAUUGUGCCUGCCGAUGCGUGCUACGUGACCGCAUAUUCGGCAAUUCCAGCUGCGACAGCGGCCUGCACUUCGAUUACCCUCGAUGGCAUUACCGUCCCCGGAAACUCAACCAUUGACCUUUCAAAAUUGAAGACUGGAACCAAAGUCACCUUCAAAGGUACCACGUUCUGGGAGUACUUCGACGCCAACUACCCUUUCAUCAAGGUUGGCGGCACCAACAUUGAGAUCACCGCUGCAGAGGGUGCUAUUCUUGAUGGCAAUGGCCAGUCAUGGUGGGAUGGUCUCGGUAGCAACGGCGGUAUUUCCAAGCCUAACCACUUCAUUGAACUUACCAAAGUUCUUGGAUCCAGCACUGUUCACGACAUAUACAUCCAAAACUACCCUGUUCACUGCUUCAGCGUCUCCAACAGUGCUGGACUCGAUAUUCACCAUAUCACACUGAACAACAGUGCCGGAUAUGCACCUAACAAUCGGUCCAACGGCUUGCCCGCUUCACACAACAGUGAUGGGUUUGAUUUUGGAUCUACCAACGACACUAAGCUCUACGACAGCACCGUCAUCAACCAGGAUGAUUGCGUAGCUGUCACCAGCGGAAACAAUAUCGAAGUUAGCAACAUGUACUGCAACGGCAGCCACGGCCUAUCCAUUGGUUCUGUAGGCGGAAAAUCAAACAACAACGUGACCAACAUAUCCUUCCUUAACUCCGUCGUCCUCAAUGCCGAGAACGGCGCGCGCAUCAAGUCCAACUCCAACACUACUGGUUUCAUCUCCGACAUUAUCUUCGAGAACAUCCGCGUUGAGAACAUCUCCAUCUAUGGCAUCGACAUCCAGCAAGAUUACCUGAACGGCGGCCCGACUGGCAACCCAACCAAUGGUGUCAUCAUUCAAAAUAUCUCCAUCAAAAAUGUGACUGGUACUGCUACGGAGAAAGGAAGGGAUUACUACAUUCUUUGUGGAUCGGCCAGUUGCAGCAACAUCACGAUCAAUGACGUUGAUAUCACGGGUGGAGGUGUGGAGAGUUUGUGCAAUUUCAAGACGAACGGCAAUUUCGAUUGCGACGGCCACUUUGUUUGAGGUUUCGGUACGAGUAGUCAUGACAUGGUAAAAGGGAAGUAUUGGCGAAAAUCAUACAUCAAUUGAUGAAAAAUGUCGACGAAAGUGUAGUCCUAAUCAGAUUGGCAAUGUAUCAUCUGUU